AUGCAUCAGCCGUGUCUCUGUGCACCAGCCCCAAAUCCAACUGCUACUCUUCCACUACACUCAAACAUCAAUGUUUCCUUUUCACCUCCAAACACCUCUUUCAACCUUCCAAAAACAUCACAAUCCAAACCCACGACAAGGAUUAGGAGCCAAACAUUGUUAAAUUCGCACGCCCAACCACACCAUAGAUGGUCUCUUAACGGCAUGACAGCUCUCGUCACGGGUGGAACUCGCGGAAUUGGGCAUGCCAUUGUGGAAGAAUUGACGGGUUUUGGUGCCAAAGUUCAUACCUGUGCCAGAAAUGAAAAUGAUCUCAAUAAGUGUCUUAAGGAAUGGAAUCAUUUGGGUUUUCAUGUUACUGGUUCAAUUUGUGAUGUGUCUGUUCCACAACAGAGGGAGAUGCUCAUGGAGGAUGUAUCCUCUGUCUUCCAUGGGAAACUCAACAUCCUUAUAAACAAUGUAGGGACAAACAUUCGGAAACCAAUGACAGACUUCACAGCCGCAGAGUUUUCAAGUCUCAUUGAUACCAAUUUAGGAUCCACAUUUCAUAUGUGCCAACUUGCAUAUCCACUUCUAAAAGCGUCCGGAGUGGGUAGUGUUGUUUUUAUCUCUUCUGUUUCUGGUUUUGUCUCACUGAAGUCAAUGUCUGUUCAAGGAGCGACAAAAGGGGCAAUUAAUCAACUUACAAAAAGUCUAGCUUGUGAGUGGGCAAAAGACAACAUAAGGAGUAAUGCAGUUGCUCCUUGGUACAUCAGAACUUCGAUGGUGGAGCAAGUUCUGAGCAACAAAGACUAUUUGGAAGAGGUGUACUCUCGAACUCCACUCCAACGCCUAGGAGAUCCAGCAGAAGUGUCUUCUGUUGUUGCCUUUCUUUGCUUACCAGCAUCGUCGUACAUCACUGGCCAGAUUAUAUGUGUUGAUGGAGGAAUGUCUAUCAAUGGUUUCUCCCCGAUGCAUAUCUAA